UAAGUACCGAAGGAUAUUUUAUUCUAUCUUUGUUCAUCCAUAAAUAAAAAUUACUCUCUAUUGAUUGGUUUUAUCAGAGUCAAAUAGUUUUCUGUUCGCGUUAGGAUCGGUCACGUUAAGGAAACAAAAAAAAAGACAAAAAAAUCAAAGAAAUUAUAUUGUCAUGAAAUUUACUAACGAAGAAGCAUUAAAUUUUACAAAGGGAAGCGUUGCUCUAUUAGUUGCAUGGCCACCACCGAUGAACGCCUCAAGGAAAAAAUUAUUCUUUCUCGAUGUUUACAUUUACGCUUCCUUUAUAAGCGCUCAGAUAAUCUUAGUGUUGAUGAUAAAUGAAAUGAUCGUUAAUCGCAAUAAUUUCGAGAUAAUGGUACAAUCAAUGUGCAUCGCAUCGAUAAUAAUGGAAAUGGAAAAUAUCGUUGAACAGGCCGCACCAUAUGAAAAAGCUAUAUUAGAAAAAUAUGUGAAUAGAUCUGCGAUACUACACCUAUCUCUUACAUUUGGAUUUUAUUUAGCCGCUGUGAAUAUCAUUUUAGGACCAAUAUAUCUACCACAAUCGUUACCAAAUAUUAUAACUUAUCCUUUCGACGUAGAAAAACAUCCCUAUUACGAAAUUAUUUAUUUUCAACAAUCAUUAACUGCUUUACAAGCUUCUACAAGUGCAACGAUUGAUUGCCAGAUCGCACUUUUACUAUGGUUCGCUGGUGCAAGAUUUGAAAUGUUGGGAAUUGAAUUAGCCAAUACUGUCGACGAGUACGAUCUUAAACGAUGUAUAGUGAAACAUUAUCAAAUAAUUAGUUACGCAGGAAAGUCAGAUGAAAUAGGGGUCAAAUUCCAAUUUCUCGUGACGGAUAUGGUCGCUAUCAUUCAAUUAUUUCUGAACUCUCAUCCAGCUGAAAAUUUAAUACAAAUGAGUACUGCGAUUGGAUCGACAGCUUAUGAUUUGAAUUGGAUUGAUAAAUCACAAAAGAUAUGGAAAAAUGUAUGCUUUCUAAUUCAAAGAUCUCAAAAACCAAUUACAGUCAGUAUUCCUGGAUUUAUACCUACAUUGUCUCUAACUUAUUACAUGUCGUUCCUGUCAUCGUCAUUUUCAUACUUCACAACAUUGAGAGCUGCUGUUAAGUAA